AUCUGUCCUGCCCAGGGAGAGUCUCAGCGGGGGCCAGCAUGGACCAGUCGGUGGCUAUCCAGGAGACUCUGGCUGAGGGGGAAUAUUGCAUCAUCGCGGUACAAGGUGUGUUGUGUGAAGGGGACAGCCGGCAGAGCCGCCUACUGGGGCUUGUUCGCUACCGCAUGGAGCACGGUGGCCAGGAACACGCUCUCUUCCUGUAUACGCACCGGAGGAUGGCCAUUACCGGGGAUGAUGUCUCCUUGGACCAGAUAGUGCCAGUCUCACGAGAUUUUACGCUGGAAGAAGUGUCCCCAGAUGGUGAACUCUACAUCCUUGGCUCAGAUGUGACCGUUCAGCUGGACACAGCAGAGUUCAGCCUUCUAUUCCGACUACCCUUUGGCUCACACACCAGGAUGUUCCUCCAGGAAGUCACCAAGGCCUGUGUAGGCUUGGACCCUGCGACCCGGAAUCCUGAGUUCCAGUGGCUGUCCCGAUACAGGUGUGCGCCACCACAGGAGGCUGGCUCACCGACACUGCGCGAUUGGAACUCGGCCCCGGGCACCUGGCCCGCGUGCGGGACAAUUGGCGGAGGCAGGUAUCCGUCUCGCAAGAAGCGGUCGGGAUUGGAGCAGGUCCUGCCUCAGGGGGCGGGCUCCAUUCUGUUUAGGGGCGGGGCGAAGGCGCAGACGAACUUUCGAUUGGCGGAGGUGGCACGCGGGGGUGUAGCCGAAUGGGGGCGGCACGCUCGGGGCGGGCGGCGAUAUGAAGAGCUUGAGGAAGCAGGCAGGGAAAUGUCCGCCGCCGCCGGCUCUCGAGACCGCGACUCUGCAGGUGGUUCAAACUUCAACAAUUCAAGGCUGAAUGAGAAAGGUCUACUUGUGGACCAAAGCUCCGGGGGUCAGGAUAAACCAGAAAGCUUGCUCCCGAGACAGAAUAAAUCCAAGUCUGAGAUCACGGACAUGGUUCGCUCCUCCACUAUCACAGUAUCAAACAAGGCUCAUAUGUUAUCCAUGCAGAAGUUUGGACUGCGAGAUACAAUUGUGAAAUCACAUCUGAUACAGAAAGAAGAGGAUUAUACCUAUGUCCAAAACUUCAGGUUUUUUGUGGGAACUUACAAUGUGAAUGGACAGUCCCCUAAAGAAUGCCUCCGCCCUUGGCUGAGCCAUGGUAUCCAGGCUCCAGAUGUGUACUGUGUAGGAUUCCAGGAACUCGACUUGAGUAAGGAAGCCUUUUUCUUUCAUGAUACCCCAAAGGAAGAAGAAUGGUUUAAAGCUGUGUCAGAGGGUCUUCAUCCAGACGCCAAAUAUGCAAAGGUGAAGCUUAUCCGACUGGUUGGGAUUAUGCUGCUGUUGUAUGUCAAACAAGAACAUGCAGCGUAUAUCUCAGAAGUGGAAGCUGAGACUGUUGGGACGGGAAUCAUGGGAAGGAUGGGUAACAAAGGAGGCGUGGCGAUCAGGUUCCAGCUGCACAAUACCAGCAUCUGCGUCGUGAAUUCUCACUUGGCAGCCCACACAGAAGAGUAUGAAAGGAGGAACCAAGACUAUAAAGACAUUUGUUCUCGAAUGCAGUUUUGUCAGGUGGACCCAAGCCUGCCCCCUCUCACCAUCAACAAGCAUGAUGUGAUCUUGUGGCUGGGGGAUCUCAACUACAGAAUAGAAGAACUGGAUGUGGAAAAAGUGAAAAAACUCAUCGAAGAGAAGGCCUUUCAAACUCUGUAUGCAUAUGAUCAGCUGAAAAUUCAAGUUGCUGCAAAGACUGUCUUCGAAGGCUUCACAGAGGGUGAGCUCACGUUCCAACCUACCUAUAAGUAUGACACCGGUUCCGAUGACUGGGACACCAGUGAGAAGUGUCGUGCUCCUGCCUGGUGUGACCGGGUCCUCUGGAAAGGGAAGAACAUCAAUCAGCUGAGUUACCAGAGCCACAUGGCCCUGAAAACCAGUGACCACAAGCCUGUCAGCUCUGUAUUUGACAUUGGGGUGAGGGUCAUAAAUGAAGAACUGUACCGGAAGACUCUGGAGGAAAUUGUUCGCUCCCUGGAUAAGAUGGAAAAUGCCAACAUUCCGUCUGUGUCUCUCUCUAAGCGAGAGUUCUGUUUUCAGAAUGUGAAAUACAUGCAAUUGCAAGUAGAGUCCUUUACAAUUCAUAAUGGACAAGUACCCUGUCAGUUUGAAUUCAUCAACAAGCCUGGGGAAAACUCUUUCUGUAAGCAGUGGCUGAGUGCCAACCCCAGCAAAGGAUUCCUCCUGCCAGAUUCUGACAUUGAGAUUGAGUUGGAGCUCUUUGUAAAUAAGACCACAGCUACAAAACUCAACUCAGGUGAAGACAAAAUUGAGGACAUUCUGGUUUUGCACUUGGAAGGGGGAAAAGAUUACUUUUUGUCUGUGUCUGGGAACUACCUGCCCAGCUGUUUCGGGUCCCCCAUUCAUACACUGUGCUACAUGAGGGAGCCAAUCUUGGACCUGCCAUUGGAAACUGUUAGUGAGCUGACUCUGAUGCCAGUGCAGACUGAAGAUGAUGGGAGCCGGUUAGAGAAACCCAUGGAAAUCCCCAAAGAGCUCUGGAUGAUGGUGGAUUACCUAUACCGAAAUGCUAUCCAGCAGGAAGAUCUAUUUCAGCAGCCAGGCCUGAGAUCAGAAUUUGAACAUAUCAGGGACUGUCUGGAUACUGGAAUGAUUGAUAAUCUCUCUGCUAGCAAUCAUUCUGUAGCUGAAGCCUUGCUGCUUUUCCUGGAGAGCCUGCCAGAGCCUGUCAUCUGUUACAGUGCCUACCAUAACUGCUUGGAGUGUUCUGGCAAUUACACAGCAAGCAAACAGGUUAUUUCUACUCUUCCCACAUUCCACAAAAAUGUCUUCAACUACUUGAUGGCGUUUUUGCAAGAAUUGCUGAAAAAUUCAGCAAAAAAUCAUUUGGAUGAGAAUAUUCUAGCUAGCGUAUUUGGCAGCUUACUGCUUCGAAACCCAGCUCAACACCAAAAGCCUGAAAUAACAGAGAAAAAGAAGGCUCAAGAGUUUAUUCACCAGUUCCUAUGCAACCCACUCUGAGCCUUUCUGUCCCAUCCCUUGUUUUACCCAAGGUAGCCAAUUUCCAGCUCCACCUGUUGCAGCUCAAGAGACCCCUUAAAAACAUUUGAGGUCAUCUGGAAGCAAGAAUGGCAGCUCCUGAGCCUAGACCUCCCCCCACCUGUGCCAUCAUUGAUCAGCACACUCAGUGUAGAGCUGUGAAGACAUGAGAGAAAUCCACAAUAAUAAAACUGACGUUUGAUGUUCAACUUAAGUUAUUUAACACAAAUAGAUCUCUAUUUUUUUUUUAUUUAAAAAAAAUUUUAUACUUGUGCUCAUUCAGCCUGCCUCCAGGGCACAGUCAAUUCCUUCCCUGUAGCCUAGACUGAGCUCCUCAAGAUCAGAUAUUUGAACAAACUUUUGAAGUCCUGAAAAGACAAUGAAAUGGACAUUAAGAAUGUAGGUGGAUGCUCCUGGAUAAACAAGCUUUAGCCUCCUGAGAUCCUUCGGUUGCCCAGUCUGAGGACAUGUGAAAAUACAUAUGGAACUUCUAUCCCUUUCCUACUCGGAUAUAGUUCAAUAAUUCUGAGGCUGGCCACUCAGCUUCUGAGGGCAAUACAGUGGCUUAAAAGUGCAAACACUGAAGAACUGAGUUUUCUGGUGAAACAGGUGGAAUUUUCUAGGCCAGCAAGUCCUCCAAAUUGUAUAUGAGCAUAAUCCCUCUCAUAUUUGUAAUAUAUUUUAAUGAUAAACAUUUUUAAACAGUG